AUGGAAGUAAACAGAUCAGGCAGCUUGGACAUUAGUGGUCGCAGAGAGUCUGUUGCAGGUGCGGUUUUGAAAAUUCUCUUCUCUAUACAUGUUUGGCUUCGAUAUAUAAAGAAGGAACCUGCUUCUUCCUCCAUAGAUAUCUUAUCUAAUGCCAUUGUGAUAGAUACUUUCUUCAACCUCUCUUAUACUCUUAACUCUCUCAUGGCUUCUUCUUCUUCUUUUCACAUUAAGAGAUACCAUGUCUUUCCGAGUUUCCAUGGCCCUGAUGUUCGUAGAGGAUUUCUCAGUCAUUUACACAACCACUUUAAAAGCAAAGGGAUCACGACAUUUAAGGAUCAGGAGAUGGAGAGAGGCCCCACGAUCGAGCUGAACUCGUCCAAGCCAUGA